AACAAAGUUGUCGCUGUGGUUGGUGAGGUGACUUGUCAAAAUUAUAAAACUCAUCGUGAAACCAAAAUUGUAGAAUUUUUUCGCUGAACUGCGGAUUUUGAAAUAGAUUUUAUUUUAUUUAAAUAUAAAAUACAACAAACAUGACGGUGAAAAAUAAGGCAGAAGAGCCUAAAAAGGAAAAGGCUGAGCCUGUCCCUGCUCCGAAUGACGAUUUGUCCGAAGAAGAUAAACGUCUCCAAGAAGAACUGAACAUGCUAGUCGAAAAGCUUGUGGGGAAUGAAAAGGAUCUGUAUUUCCCGGCUCUUCAAAUGCUCAGCAACCUCAUUAGAACAUCCACAACAUCGAUGACGUCAGUGCCAAAGCCUCUCAAGUUUUUGCGGGAACAUUAUCCUGCUCUGAAAGAAGUAUAUGGAAAAAUCACAGAUGCAAAGACCAAGAAGUUUUGUGCUGAUGUCGUGUCCGUAUUAGCAAUGGGAGUGAGUGGAUCUCAAGAUGCUGCAGAGAAGAGAGAAUGUCUUAAAUAUUGUCUCCUCGGAACUAUGUCUAAUGUUGGAGAUUGGGGCCAUGAAUAUGUCAGACAACUGGAAGGAGAAAUAGCUGAAGAGUGGAAUGUUGAGAACAUGGACACUCUGCUGCCGUUAGUAAGGGAUGUUGUUGCCUUUGACAUGCAGCACUCUGCUGAGAUCCAAGCUUGUGAUCUCCUAAUGGAAAUCGACCGGCUCGACCUUCUAACACAACAUAUGGAUCAGAGCAACUAUCCUCGUGUUUGCCUGUAUCUUAUUGGGUGUGCCAGUUAUGUUGUAGAACCAGAGGCCACUCAGAUCCUACAGGGUGUGUUGGAUACAUACCUACGUUUCGGAGAAUAUCCAAGGGCACUAUUGGUUGCAAUGCAGCUUCAUGACAAGGUCAAGUGUGAGGAGGUCUUCAAUUCAUGUAAUGAUCCAUUACUAAAGAAGCAGCUUUGCUACAUGCUCGCGCGUCAGUACGUGCCGCUAGACAUGGACGACGAAGACCUGCGUACCAUUCUCCUCAAUGCACACAUCAAUGAUCAUUACUUAAGCCUUGCUAGAGAGCUCGACAUAAUGGAGCCAAAAACUCCCGAAGAAGUCUAUAAGACUUGGUUGGAGUCUGCCGGUUCAGCACUCAGGCCGUCACUACUGGCAGACCACCCAGUGGACUCUGCGCGCCAAAAUCUCUCCGCAACGUUCGUCAACGCUUUCGUGAAUGCUGGCUUUGGCCGUGACAAGCUUGUCACCACUGAAGAUGGGAAUAAGUGGAUGUACAAGAAUAAAGAUCAUGGUAUGUUAUCCGCGGCUGCCUCCCUAGGCAUGAUCCACUUAUGGGAUGUAGAUGGUGGUCUCACACCCAUCGACAAGUACUUGUACACAGCCGAUGAACACAUCAAGGCGGGAGCGUUGUUGGCGUUGGGGCUGGUCAAUUGCGGCGUACGCAACGAGUGCGAUCCGGCGCUAGCGUUGUUGUCAGAUUAUGUGCUACAUUCUAGCACCAAUCUUAGGAUUGGCAGCGUUUUAGGUCUCGGCAUCGCGUACGCGGGCACGCAUCGAGAGGACGUGCUGUCCCACCUCCUGCCGGUGUUGAGCGACACGAGCGCCACGCCCGAGAUCUACGCGCUGGCCGCCAUCUCCUGCGGCCUCAUCGCCGUCGGCUCCUGCAACGGAGAGGUAACGUGCGCUAUCAUUCAACGCCUCAUAGAUGACAACAAGGAUUUGCACUCUUCUACCUAUGCUAGAUUCUUGCAUUUGGGAUUGGGCCUGUGUUUCUUGGGCUGUAAGGAGCGCACGGAAGCCACCAUGGCGGCCUUGGAAGUGUUGCCAGAGCCGCAGCAGUCUCUGUGCCAGACCACACUGUCCAUGUGCGCGUACGCAGGCACCGGUGACGUGCUCGUCGUGCAACAGAUGCUGCACAUUUGCUCCAAGCACUAUGAGACUGAUAACGAACAAUCCUCAGCUGAGGACACCGCUUUCAAGAAGCAAGACAAGAAAGAAGCCAAAGAAGGCUCCAGCAGCUCCACUGCAGCGAGCUCUUCCAAGGAUGAUAAGAGCAAAGGCAAAUCAUCAAAGGACGGCAAGAGCAAGGAGAAGGACAAGGAAAAGGAGGCCAACAAGGAAUUAUCAUCGGUGCAGGCCGUGGCCACUCUCGGAGUCGCCGUUAUCGCCUUCGCCGAGGAGACCGGCGCGGAAAUGUGCACUCGCAUCUUUGGACAGCUCGGUCGUUACGGAGAGCCAGCCGUGCGCCGCGCAGUGCCAUUGGCAAUUGCUCUGUGUUCUAUCUCGAACCCACAACUGGCUGUCAUCGACGUUCUAAACAAGUAUUCUCACGAUUCCGACAAUGACGUCGCUUACAACGCCAUCUUCGCCAUGGGAUUGGUCGGCGCUGGAACCAACAAUGCCAGACUGGCUACAAUGCUCCGCGCGCUGGCGCUGUACCACGGCAAGUCGCCCGUGCACCUGUUCAUGGUGCGCCUCGCCCAGGGCCUGUGCCACGCGGGCAAGGGCACCGUCACCCUCAGCCCCGCGCACAGCGACCGCCGCCUCAUCAACCAGCCCGCGCUCGCCGGCCUGCUCGUCGUGCUCACCGCCUUCCUCGACUGCAAGAACAUUAUUCUGGGCAAGUCCCACUACUUACUGUACGUGUUGGCGACGUCCAUGCAGCCCCGCUGGCUGGUGACCCUUGACGAGAACCUGCAGCCCCUCAACGUUAGCGUGCGAGUCGGACAGGCGGUCGACGUGAUCGGUAAGGCUGGUACACCGAAGACAAUCGCCGGAUCUCACACGCACACCACGCCGGUGCUGCUUUCCUUCGGCGAGCGCGCCGAACUCGCCACAGACGAGUACAUCCCACUGUCUCCCGUCAUGGAGGGCUUUGUUAUCCUCAAGAAGAACGAAGACAGCAUUAUGGCUUCGGUCCAGUAGACUACAGUUAGAUGUGUAGACUUCAGAAUAAUGUAAGAUUAUAGAAGUAGUAGUAAUUUUAAAUUUCCCUCUUCAAACAUACCUAACAUGUUUGAAGAGGGAAGUUUAAAAUCUUAAAUAUACCUUGAUAAUGAAAGAGCAUCAAUAAAAGAGCUAAUGAAUUUGAUGUCACAAGUAAUGGUUCUGACACCAUUAUAGUAGCAUGUUUUGGUUACAUCUUGGAUCUCAAUUCUGAGAUUUAGCUUUACAACUAUGCACAAAAUUAAGUGCGAUGUAAGACACUCAUUCCUUAAGUUUCAUGUACAAUAUUGAAUUUCUAUUUUCUUAUAUUAUUCCGUUUCUAUGAUGUUAGACGUAACUUUAUAUGUGUAACUUUCCGAUUUUAAUGUAAUAAAAAUAUCUAUUAUGUAUAUGCA